AACAAGAGUCCUUCAUUAAGACUGUCUGCUGCAGAAAUUCUGAGAGAAAAAUUCAUUGAAGAACAUGUCCAGAAUAUGAAGUGUAUGUUUUCAAGCAUGACUCUGAAAAACAAGACAGUGGCCUGUCAGAAAGAAGCUUCUCAAAUUAGCAGUGCUUUGCAGAAAAAGGUCCACCUGCAAACUUUGCGUGAGCGGUCGGAGGUGCAGAAAAUGACACCAAGGGAGCGCAUGAGGCUGCGUAAAUUACAGGAUGCGGAUGAGAAGGCCAGAAAACUAAAGCAACUUGCAGAAGAAAAAUAUCAGGAAAACUACAGACGGAUGCAGGAAUUGAGGUCUCGCAAUUUUCAACAAAUAAGCGUGGAUGUUCUAAAUAUAUGUAAGGAACAGACUGUGAAGCAGGUCCAUCAGACUCAGCCUGUCACUGCCCAGGACUAUAGAUCACUGGGCCACCCUAACCCUUCAGAGAAGGUGCAAACCGACCGGCUGUGCAUGUCAGAACUACUGGAUCAUGAGAUCCCAGAGGACCCCCAGACUGCAGAAGAGUAUUAUUACGAAGACGGGUUUGAGUCCUGCUCCGAUGAAGAAUCUGAAUUUGAAGAUUCCGAAGAAGAACCCUUGGAAACAAUGUAUAGAACAUGUGGACAGGACUAUGACUUGGAAGCAAUGGUGAAGUGUAUGGAGAGUGUCUUGGAUAAUAAAUCUCAUGGCAUUGGGACAGUUACCAGCGUGGCUCCAGCAGUGCCCCUGACACCGAGAGCUAUCAACAGCACCAUGGCUGAGACCAAGGUGCAACGCAUGAAGGAGUCAAUAAUAGAUAAACUGGGUGCAGAAGUCUUCAUGAAGGUUUAUGAUUACUUAAAGAAAGCAAGGCAGAAGCAUGCAAACGAAGCUGAGAUCAAGGAGUACUUGGCGAAAAUCAUUGAAAAGCCCAGUGACUGCUUUGAGGUGGAUCAGCUUCUUUACUUUGAAGAGCAGCUCUUGGCAUCAAAACGAGAAGAAGCCUAAAUUAAAAAAUAUAUAUAUUGACGUGAAGUAAAAAAAAACUCAUCUAAGUGGCACUUGAGAACUGGACACUGUGUUUGUAGCACUCUAACAAGACUUACUUUCCUUGUAUUACAGAUGGGCCAGUGAAGCAAGAUUUAAUUUAUUACUGCCUUUAUUGCUAAGAACAAUCUUUAGAAAAAAGUAUAAGGCAUUAGUGACACAACUCUUCUCCUCUACAGCAGAGCACAUCAAUAAGUGAUGUGCCUGUUAAAGUCAGAGGAAUACUGUUGUAGCACAAUGAUUGAUUUUUUAUUUGAAUGAUGUCAUUGUUUAAUUCUUGUGGUAAGUAACUAUCUUUGAAAUCUGCAUGCAUUAAUACUGUUUGGGAAGGAGGUGUGUGUGAGGUUUGGGGGUUAGUGAUUGGCAUUUGAAUUUCGUUAACUGGCCAGGGUAAAGUCAGAUUUUCAGUCUGACCGUCUAUGUGUCAUUUUAUUGGCCUUCUGAAUUAAGGAAAGUAGAUUGUGUUUGUCUUUUUUUUUAUUUAGCUGUGAUUUCAAUAUCACACUUUGACCAAUAUUUCAGUAAAAAAUGUACAGUAUGCUGCGAUAUGUGGUUAAAAUACUAUGACAAUUGCACUAGGUAUGUCACGGUAUCAAAUUGACAGUAUGGGAACAAUUUAAAAGUAUACCAUGGUGUGGCAAAGUGGCUAGUGGAGGGGAACAGGUAUAGCGGUGAUGCGAUGCAGGAGUGACA